UGCCCAUUGCCCAUAUCUCGCGGCUCGCGCCAGUCGCGCCACUACCCAACCAAUAUAACCUAUCGCUUCUUGAAACGUUGAGACUGUUCAAAUUUAUUUUCGUUAAUUCUCACUCACGAUUUUAAUUACGUAUCGUAUCAUUUUGUGUGAGAUACGAGACGUUUCGAUAACACGAAUUAAAAGUUUUUUUUUCAUUCGAUUAAAGUAAAGUAUGGUUUUCUUGUCAUUAAACCUUUUAGCUAGAGCUCGCGGACCUGACGAGUUUUGGCGAAAACGGAAAAUAUUCAAGCUUGCUGCGCAUUAUAUCGGUAGAAGAAGGAACUGUUAUAGUAUAGCUAUUAGGAGUGUACAAAGAGCCUUGACAUACUGCACCCAAGGCAGAAAAUUGAAAAAAGAAGACAUGAAAGAGUUACGCGAACAAAGGCUAGAAGCUGCUACAAAUGAACAUGGUAUAAAUUUCACAAUCCUUAAAGAAGGAUUAACAAGGUGUAACAUUCUACUAAAUCGAAAAUCACUGGCAGACUUGGCAAUUUGGGAACCUCGAACUUUCAAAGCGAUUACAGAUAUCGCAUGUGCAAGAAUAAAGCAAGACAAUUUCAAGACUACUAUGAAUAUUCAAGUAUCAAAGAGCAUUAUUGUAAGGGGUUUGAUUAAAUAAUUUUUUUCAUAGAUAUUAAAG